AUGCUGGCAAAAAAGCGUGUACCACGUAUGAGACAUAAUUAUGAAGUAGCACCGGGAGUUAUGCGAUUUUCUGCUGCACGGAUGUACGCAAAACGUGGUGCGUAUGCCAAGAAAACAUACCCUACUGUCGAGAAGAAAAUGAGACGCAAAGUGAAGUUUGUGGUGAAGCCGAUUGGGGGCGAUAAGAAUGGCAAAGAGCGAAAAGUACUCAUCAAGAAGGAGCCGAAAUAUUUAAAAGAAUGUAGAACCACCCGACGAACAAAACGUUCCCCCAAAAAAACAGCAUUACGGCGAUCAAUCAGCCCCGGCACCAUUCUAAUAAUACUCGCUGGGCGACAUAAGGGAAAGCGUGUUAUCUUUCUGAAGCAGCUGGAAAAAUCGGGCCUCUUGCUUGUGACAGGGCCGAUGAAAUUAAAUUCUACUCCGCUACGACGUAUAGCCCAGGCUUUCGUGAUUGCAACGAAGACAAAACUUGAUAUAUCAGGAUUGAAAGUCCCAGAACACAUUGAUGAUGCGUACUUCCGGAGAUUCAAUUUUAAAAAAGCACCCAAAAAAGGCGAUGCCAAUAUAUUCACACAGGGAACAACCGAGUAUACUGUGUCUGAUCAAAGAAAAGCAGAUCAAAAAGCUGUAGAUAACGUGGUGUUAGAGGUGAUUCGGAAACAUCCAGAGAAGAAGUAUCUUUUUGGUUAUUUGGGCUCCAGGUUUGCUUUGGGUAAAAAUCAGUUCCCUCAUCGGAUGUUGUUCUGA